UUGAACAAUCUUUUCUCGUGUAAAAAUAAUAUUUUCUGUUCAGUGUUUUCGUAGUGCCCUGCAAAACGGGGCCGUCCCUGUCGCUGGCCAUUGUAAGCUCAACGAAGGCUUGGUAACUUUAAAUGAGAUCGUGACGCGGAAAAGGAGGUUUCAGAAAAAAAGCGGAAUAUCGAACAUUAUUGUCUGUGCCACAGUGCUUGUGUUCUGCGAGGCCUUUCCAACUGCUUCAAACAUGGCGAAGCCUGCUCAACUAUUAAUUAUUGAACCGGCAAACGAGCUCAAGUUCCAGGGACCAUUCAGAACUGCGGUGGCUUCGUAUAUGCGCCUUACGAACCCAACCGAUCACGACAUUUAUUUUAAAAUCAAAACCACCGCCCCGAAAAAGUACUGUGUGCGGCCAAACUCGGGCUUACUGGAACCACGUGAAUCCCAAGAAAUUGCUAUCGUUCUGCAACCAUUCAUUUUCGAUUCGAAUGAAAAAAACAAGCACAAGUUUAUGGUACAGUCGAUGGUAAAGCCAGAUGAUGAAGAAAUCAAUUUGGAGGAUCUAUGGAAGAAGUUUCCGGAAAAAUUAAUGGAUUCGAAGCUGCGAUGCGUGUUCGAUUGUCCUCUAGAACCGAACCAGCCGGCACCGAAUGCAUCUGUUCCGAUUAAUAGCGCAUCAGCAUCUAAUAGUAAGUGUUUUCUUUCGUUGGUUCUACAGUUCAUCUUUUUGACGAGUAUUUAUUUUUCUACUACAGCUGUAGUGGAGCGUAAUGAAACAACUGGAACGUUUCCAAGUCAGAUGAAACUCGGCAAUUUCUGUAGUCAAAACGAAGAAGAACUAGUGGAUGAAGAUAGCUCACUUCUAAGAGCGUUUAAGAAACUAAAAGAAGAUGAACGUGCUUUACGCCAGGAAAAUCUGCAGUUGAAGGAACAAAUACUACAACUUCGUUUGCAGGUUGACGGUAGGGCCAAGGAGCCAGGUCUAGUUGCUGCUGCUAGAACUGCGGCUGUUGCGCCCGUUCAUUUUCAAAAUACGUACUCACCACCUCCGUUGACCGAUAACCAACAGCAGGGGGAAGCCAUGGUCUUGCCGUGUGCUAUACUUGCCGUUUUCAUGUGCAUCGUGGGCGUGCUGCUGGGCAAAGUUAUGUAUAGUGAGGGUAACAAAUAAAGUUUAAUUAACUAGAGUGGUGCGCCUUGGGCGGUGAACGGUGCCCCCAUUCAUGAACGGUGUCCUAUUUUUACCAUCAUAUGGCCGUACGAUGGUCGAGAUAGGACGGGGCAGUCGAGAGCAUCAAAAGAUCGUACAGAACGUGACACAGGAUAAAUUGGGAUAAAAUUGAGAAAAAAAGUUCUCGUUAGCGAUGAAGGACAACCAUUCAAAUCAUUUAACAUAAUAAUAAUUACAACAAAUGUAUAGAGAUAAUACGCUCUGUAGAAACUGGUGAGGGAAAAAGACACUUGUUUGCAAUGGAUAAUAGGCAGGGAAGCAACUUGUUAAGACGGGAGGAUCAAAAAUAAAAAAAACUAAUACUGUGCUACGCGUGAUUCAAAACAUGCAGUAGAUUAAUGAAACAGAAACAGCGUAAUUCAACGAGAGGAAAUUGGAAUGAGCGGCCGUGUUUGUGUGGGAUUAUAAAAAUAUGAAAACACAGGUUUUGUGAAAACUUAAAAAUAUAAAAUGUCCCUGCAUGGUACCAUUGUUACGAAAACACAAACUAACAAACAAACCAGCUGGAUUGAGCCAACAAAGCAUACAUAUUUUGACAAUUUUUAACGACAGGUUCGUUGCCAACGAUGCUAUAUAAAGUGAGACAUACAGACCAGUAAACGGAGAGAUCAGUGCGAGCGAGAGGAUGGCGCAUCCUAAAACAUGUAUUAGGAACUGUGUCUAAAAAGUCUUGAGUUCACUUCGUGGAAAGACCAAAUGUGGUUGGUCUGACAAGGUUGAAUGCAAAGAUGUGACGGAACAGAACGCGUGAUGAGCACAUAACGCGGCAUAGCGUAAGUGAAUACUAAAAGCUCAGGGAAGCAAAGGAAAAAUGAAACAUAUGAAAAAGUAACCAUUGUCGGAAGAAGAAAGGCCGAAGACUACGUGAACUUGAGGAAAACGUUAGUGCGUGGAAAUGAGUGCGUUAUGAACCUACACCAUUACACCAGACAAUUCUUUCAAACGGUAACAGGUCACCGACACAACUUCGUCCUACGAUCACUUGCAGUUCUGACAAGGUUCGAAAUCUGAUCAGUAAUCAGCAAAAGCUAAUCUCGCGGUAGCCCCAAAAUUUGGAUGAACUAAAAUUACUCAGUGACCAAAUUACCGAGCAAGCAGAAGCUCCACUGGCGGACAGAAAUGUGCUUCUGCCACCGUGUAUCGCAGAGACUCGAAGGUUCAUAGCAAAGUCGGAUAACAAAGCACCAGGCACCGACAGGAUAGUGGUCGAGUUCUUGAACCAAGAAUGGUGGAGAGAAUGGAGCAUGAGAUUCAUCAAAUUAUAGUUUGGAUAAGGGAUAGCGAAUCGAUGCCUUGUGACCUUGAAUCUCGGCAUCAUCUACCCUAUACACAAAUAUGGUGUGUAUAGCAACUAUGGCUAUAGCCGAAUACCGCCUACGGGAUCUUCUCCCACGUUGUGCAGGAACGAUCAGUCCUUUACGAUGAUGAGAUAGUUGGUAACCAUCGGAGAGGAUUUAGGGAAGCGGUAACCGAAGAAAAGGAUUUACCACUGAUCAGAUUUUCAUCUUGCCAUUUUUUCGUUGAUUUCAAGGCCGAAUAGAACAGCACAGCUAGAGUAACAUUGCAGACCAUGGCGGAAUACCGGCCCAACUCACCAAACUUGGGAGAAUUACCUCGAGCAUCGUUACAAGCCAGGUGAGGGGAGAUGGCAAGCUUCCUAUCACUUCGCUACCAAAAAGGGGUUGCGCUAAAGGGACGGUCUAGUCUGUUUCUUUUUUCAACAUCGCGCUGGAGCGGGCCAUCCGGGAAUCUGGAGUGGAGACUUCAUGGACCAUCUACUUCCAUUUCAGCCAGAUUCUGACCUUUUGCUGAUUAUAUAGAAAUUAUAGGGCGAAGUUCAGGCUCACAUAGGGAUUUGGCAAACUGUGCACAAUAUCGGUCUGCAACUCAAGAGCGAGCACAUUCAUGGGGGUAUCAUCAACAGCCCGACUAACAACGUCAGGACUCAUACGUGGGAGUGACGUUCGCCACCGUAAGUUCAAAGACGUACCUAGCUUCACCUAUCUAAGAUCAAAGGUUAGCACUGACAAUGACAAACAAGAGGUUUUGCGCUAUAGUGCUAGCAGUCAACAGGUCAUUCUACAUUCUGACGAAACUAUUUCGCUCACAUCUCGUGUCGAGACGCCCAAAACUGGGAUUAUACAUAACCUUUAUAAUCCCAGUGCGCACAUAGGCUUCUGAAACAUGGAUUCUGUCCAAAACUGACGAAACCCUCUUAGCCAUGUCCAGAGGUAAAUGUUCAGAUUGAUUUUUGGCCCCGUGGGGGAGGGACAAUGGAGGAGCGAACUAUACACACUGUACGACGACCUUACUAUCGUCCAGCGUAUAUUUAUCGCCAGGCUCCGGUGGGCUGGUCACGUCACGAGAAUACCAGGCGAAGAACCAUCUCGAACACUCUUAGGCCGUCCAGAAGGACAGCGGGAACGUGGGUAUGCUCCGUUUAGAAUUGCGUGACUGUAGCGAUAGCGAUGCAAGAACGAUCGGUUGAACGAAUUGGCGGGUGAACGCGCUGUACCGUGAGCAGUGGUGAACAUUUCUGUUGCAGUCCAGGACCACUAAACAGCUACAGCUGCCGGAUAAGUAAGUAAAGCAAGACACACACUCACGUGAAACGGAUUAUACUAUCAAUCUAUAGAGUCAAAAAUGAGGAAAGUAAACAAAGUAAAUACACAAACAGUGGGCUAGGGCUUUGUUUGCAGAGGUAGGGAAAAAUACACAUCCAAUUGAGAAUUGGUAGAAAACAAGAUACCCAGCUUAAAACAACGCAAGCUUAUAGAAUAUGAAAGCAUAACACAAAAAUUCAUACACAGAACACUCAGACACACUCACAGAUAUAUGUCACCAAGAAUUAUAAGCGAAAUGCAAACUGCGUGAGUCAACAAUAUGGGUAAAAAGCUAAUAGAACUGUAGGUGUUGACAUAUUCUAUAACGAGAAAUCGAAAAACCAAGAGAAACUACUUAUUUUAUUCUGUUAUUCUUAGUUGCAUUUUUACGUUUCAUCACAUUCGAUGUGUACAUCGUAUUUUACGGAAGGUACAAUUUUCUCUACCAAAUAUAAAUACAAAAGGAAAUUCGGAAUAGAUAACCGCAGUAACAAGCAGCAGUUUAUAUUGUUAUCAAAACUUGUACGUUUUUUACAAAACUUAACAGAACGAAAAAAUGAUUAUUUAUCAUCUUUGCCCUGUAGAACGCCUGUAGAAAGACGAUAACGUAUGCUUCUAUUGCUUUUACCUCUUCGUCAUGCUACCUACCCCUAUUACUUGUUACUAACAAUAAAAAACCCAUAGAAAAACUAUUCGUUUUUGUAGUGAGUUUGUUCAGCCUUUGUGCGGACGAAGAGAACAUUUGUUAUUAUCUAUUCGCAUAUAUCCGAAGCACGACUAGCAGUAAUCGAUUUAUAUAUCCGUCUUCUGUAGCAGCUGAGGAAGUGACGACCAUAAGCGAAAACAAAACAUUUACGGAGAUGAAUUAAUUAUUGUUGGGCGAAUGUAUCGCAGUUAAGUAGCAAUAUAAAAGGAAAUUAUAAAUCAAAGCGGUGUUGGAUGAACACUCGUGUCGAGUUGAAGGAUCAUAACCAAACAAAUACACCAAAUACACCUACUCAUUGACGAUUUGAACGAACUAGCAUCAUGUUAUGAGAAAUGGAGGUAUGAGAUUAGCAUGAAAAGUAGAGUGUGUGGAGAGGUAUAAAAAAUUAAAAUUAAAGCAAAAUGAAAUUAGGAUUGGAAAAAUCAAACAUAACAAUGUUGUAGAUAAAUAAAAUACACUAUUGUAAUGGCGGCUUUAGAGCAAACAGCAAACAAACAAAAUAUAAAAGGCAAACUGUGGAGGAUCAUUGCUUAACAAAACAAAACAAAACACUAAAAAAUUCAGAACAAAAACUAAUAUUAAAACGAACGAUGCAGAUCUUUACAUACUCGUACAUACACACAUACAAAAUGCAUCAUUACACAAACUCAAUUACGCAUGCAUUCCCGUACAUCAUGAAACUAAUGGCAUAAACGUUUGCAAGGGUAGAUCAUGGUUUGUUUAAAAUGCAAAAACAAUAAAACAGAAAACAUACAAACAAACAUGAUAAACCCAAAAACUAAAGGUAGGGCAGUACAAGUACAUUAACCAACGGUUUACGCAGCACACUCUGUUAGCAAAUGUAAUGGAAAUUAUGAAUGAGUCUAAAAGGCCUUCCUAAUCUUUAUCAUUGCUGUUUCUGUAUUCUGUAAAAGCAUACUUAUGUGAAAAAGCAAAAUAAAAGUAUGUC